AUGUCUAAAGUACCAAGAAGUUUCAGACUACUAGAAGAGCUAGAGAAGGGAGAAAAAGGACUGGGUCCAGAAUCUUGUUCCUAUGGUCUUUCUGACUCCGAUGAUAUCACAAUGACAAAGUGGAACGGUACCAUACUUGGUCCUCCUCAUAGCAACCAUGAAAACAGAAUAUAUUCAGUGCUCAUCGAAUGCGGGCCCUCAUAUCCAGACGAACCACCUAAGGUGAAAUUCGUAUCGAAGAUCAACCUGCCAUGUGUCAAUUCUACCACCGGAGAGGUCGUCAAAGAGAAAUUCCAUACUUUGAAGGAAUGGAAAAGAUCCUAUACCAUGGAAACUGUCUUAUUGGAGCUACGUAAGGAAAUGGCAACACCAUCGAACAAAAAAUUGUUACAACCACAAGAGGGAACGACGUUUGAGUGA